ACCAUUUUGGCUGGAGUCGUCCACGGGGACAGAACGCGACAUUACCCUCGCAUAGUGCCCGUGCUGAAUCAUGACCGAAAUAGGGACCGGCAGCGCCUCGCUGGGUUCAGUACGUCGACGUUCGACAACCGGUGAAUUGGACCGACGUCACGGUACCGUAUUCCAACUACAAUUGCAUGAUUCACCGGUCACAACCAGGUCAUUUGCAGAACAAGUUUCAAGUUCAGACGGCUCAGACGACGAUCCAUCGAAUCAGGACCAUGCGGGGUCCGUCAUAUGCACACUUAACGACUGCAAUGAUGAGAAUAUCGGAGACUAUGCGGAGACCGAUGCGGAUUCCGACGACAUUGCCAAAAUUAAUGGUUUUGACGUAUUCGACGCGUUCGAGAUCAAGAAGUUGACGGAGUUAAACACCAGCACGCGCUUCAGCAAUUAUGGACGAGUCAUGGUUGUAGCUUUGAGCAGCAUGUUCUCAGCGUCCUUCUUGAUCCACGGGCUGCUGGUUCCGGAGAGCUGGAACCCAAGGUACUUCGCACUGCCAGAAUAUGAGGACAAGCCUAAGUUUCUGGAGUGGUUGGAAGAUGGCGCUGCGGGGUGCAUUUACUUCGCGCUUGGCGUGAUCCUCCCCAUGCUGACGAGACAUAGGCACGUUCAGUUGGAGCGGACGCUAAGCGUUGCACACCGCUACGAAGUUGACCUGAAUCCUGGUAAUGCGAACAUGUUCCUCGCCUAUGUUCUGUGGCCGGUUACUUUCGUAUUGGGUAUGCUUGCGCCCGUACUAAUUUGGUUGCCCCGAUUUUACGGAAAUGACAUUGAGAAGAAAAUACAUAUUGGCUUUUGGACUGAGGUCAGCAUCUUCACUUGGUCCAUCAACAUGCUCUUCAUUGGACCUUCCAGGGUGGAAGAGAUCGGAACACGAGCCAUAGAAGGAAUUAUCGAUGGGGUCGUUAAGGAGAUGGACAACAUGAGAACCGAGAACAUCUGUUGGGAAAGGAUGCUGAACAAAUUAAAGGCGACCGAUUACUUGCUGGCGGACACCUUCCAGUGGAGUUGCCUCGGGAAAUUGAUAGUCGGUCGUGUCUCAAUGCUCUUCUUUCUCGCAGCGGGAUUCGGUUCUGUCGGAAUUGUCCACAACAAUAAAACUACUAGGAAGGGCGCAAUACUUUGCGGUCUGAUGUCAGCGAUUUGUGGCUGUGCUAUUUUAGCCCGUUUAGCACUCGUCAGCCAGAAGUGCAGAAACACAAGGCCUGGAUCACGUCACCUUGCGGCAGUAUUGAUUCAGAAAAUGGCUGCGCACAAGUUCGACAAAGAAAAGAAGAAGGAUGAAGAACAAAAGAAGAAGGAUGAAGAACACUGGGAUGCUUUCCGCCAGUUGUCGCUCUACAUCAGAGAAAGAACGCUGGGUGUAGAGUUGCUGGGCACACGAAUAACACCCGAGAUGGUAGGAAACGUUGCAUUACGAACCUGCUUCUACCUGCCAGCUGGAGUCACUGUCGUCGAAGGCGUAUGGAACAAGGGCAAAAUCGAUGCUUAGAGCCAGGGCCCUCACGAACAUUGGUGACUCCCGCGCUCGCUGUCUGCUCAAAAGUGCUUUCCGGCCACGGGGGCGCAGGCGGCGAAGCCCCCGCGCCACACCGCGCACGACGCCGCACGGGGAGAUUUUUCCGCGCGGGUGCCCAUGCACCCGCUCCUCCGUCGCCUUCUGCACAGUGUAGGCCCGUGCCAGGAAGCACCCUGCUUGCCUCCAGGGUGCCCUGGGUUUCUUGGGCUUCGCUGGUUUUGCCGUGGAAAGCGCGACAUCCCCACACCAAGAGUCGAGGGACGUCAUGGGCUCUCAGGGCUGGGUUUCUGGUGGAAGGCUUCUUCUCCUCCUCCUCCUCCUGAAUGUACCCGUUCCUGGGUCGCGCUCUGCAGGUGCUGAUUCUCUGACUCGGCCUGUGUGGUCGGACGCCACCGCCGUUCUCUCUGACCCACCUGCGCCCUGGACCGCGAUCUGGGACUCCACCCCGUAGCUCUCGCAUUUUGAAAGGCCGACGGGGCAGUGGCUCGGGCAAGAAGCUUACUGCGCACCGCGCUUCGCGGCCUGGUCCGUGCACACAAUUACCCUCUGCCAGGGUUGCGGCUCCAAUAAAUUGCAUUCGCGCUUGCGGCGCCUGCGACGAGUGAUGUUAAGGUUAGGUUCACCACGCAGGCUUAUGCUUGCAAGGUGGUCGAACCGCACUUGCAUAUAGCUUCUGUAUCACAUUGGGGGGCUUGUGCAUUAGGGCAGCCUCGGAACCUCGGGGGCCCUGUGACAAGAGCUCAUGUCCAGCAGCGUCGCCCGCUUUUUUCGGGUAAACUCACCUGGCCUACGUGCCAGCAUGUUUCGCCUCUUUGGGCCCUCACCCCGGGCUGCCCCAAAGAGGGCGAGCGGCGGAACCCGGCUCGUAAUCAAGAUUUUGCCCCCAGUGGUUUUGUUUUCCCACAGCCCGUCCUUUCCCGGACUGGUUGGGCGAAGUGAGAGCCACUGAAAAAAAGAGGCCCCCGAGACGGCCCGAAGAGGAGCCCAAGAGGGCCCAAAGAUGGUGAACUCGGAUUGUCAUUCCGAGCGUCCGCGUCCAGCGCACAACCUGCUG